UGUUUGUCGUUUGGAUUCCUUUGCUCAAAAUAUUGUGUCGUUUCUAUUUGAUGUUGUUUAACUUUUUUGAGUUCAAUUUGUUGGCUGUAAUCAUCUCUCCCAAUUGGAAGCGAAUGGAGUCUCCUAAGGUGGCGGACAUUGAACACCUUGUCAAAGAAAUUCUGGUCCGAUUGCCCUCAAAAUCACUGCUCAAAUUCUAAUGUGUAUCCAAACACUGGCUCUCCAUGCUUUCCUAUCCCCAAUUUUGCGCCUCUCAUGCUCGAUUCCACCAUAGCCGUAAUCCCAUAGCGGCUGCACUUUUUGUCGACGAUUUAGGUCAGUAUCUCACUGAAUUUCGAAUUAUCCCUCUGAAAUAUUCCCCUUUUGCAAGCGGAGCCUUGGACAUCAAGGAUCAGCUCAGUGUUCCUCGAGCUAAAAUCCUGCAAUCUGGUUUGCUUCUUUGCCGUUCUAGUUUCUUGGUACCCCCUGGCCAGUUUUCUCGUGCACAUUUUCAAGAUUUCAGUACUAAUGAACGUGGCCAUGUUUAUUUUGUGUAUAAUCCUACUACUGCACAGUUCAAGAGAAUACCUUUAUCAAAUUCACUAAAUCAAAAACUGAAAAUCAAAUUAUCAAAAAAAAAAAAAAUCAUAUCUGAAGAUGAAUGUCUGGGAAAUGAAUUGCUUAAUGUUUGUUUAGUGUUUGAUCCCGAAAUAUCACCAUAUUACAAAAUCUUUUUCCUAUCCAAUUUAUCGGAUCGAAAAGAUUCCGAGACUUUUAUGCUUGAAACCUUCAUUUAUUCAUCAGAAACUGACUCUUGGACUGCACAAAAAGCAUGUGUUGCUGAUGAAUUAUUUUCAGAUGACUUAAGAAUCGACUCUUACAGUCGCGGAGUAUAUUGCAAUGGCGCAGUUAAUUUUUUAGAGUCGAUCGGGUUUCAUCUGUGCUUUACUUUGAUGUUACUACUAUGAUUUUCAAGAAAAUGGACUUUCCUGAAGAUUGGCUCUUUCACUACUUUGGCGAAUCUCAAGGUGAUUUGCAUUGUAUUACACGCAAGUCUAAUUAUCCGAGAUUGGAAUAUGAUAUUGUGGAGGUAGCAUCAGAUUACUCGGGAUGGUCUUUCAUGUAUCGAGUCAAUCUUAAAUCCGUUGUGAAGACAUAUAUGUGUAGAUCUGUUAAAGUAUUGCGCAUAAUCCGUGAUAAGAGUGCAGAAGGAUGGUUGCUUGUGAUAUCCGCAGACAAGUGUCCAAUUGCUUAUGAUCUUUCUAAUGGAACUCACAGACUCUGUGACUCAUGGUUGGUGCUUGACGAAUUUAACAGCGUAGAUUUUCCAUAUAUUGAGAGCCUUAUCUGUGUUUAAUUGACUUUGUGCUGCUAAGUGAAACAUGUUUACACACCUAGACGCGUGAAAUGUAAAUUUGAUGCUUUGGCUAUUCUUGAUUCUGCUCAAGUGAAAGUUGCUGUUCUGAGGGUGUUUGUUGUUGGUGACACUGUUGCUGUUGCUGCAAUUGCAACUGUGACUGUUGAUCUGGAAGUCGUUGUAAGCCCAGCUUCUGCUGCUGCUGUUGUGCAUAAACUAGAUUUUGUUGCUGAUAGGAUUGCUGAUAUGGUAUUUGCUGCUGUUGCACCACCAAUUGUUGUUGCUGCUGCGGUUGCAGCUGUUAGAAUUAUUCCUUUGAUGCCACUUUCUACCACUAUUGCCUAGUUUCUGUUGCUCUGGAAAUGCAUGUUCCAUAACAAUCUGAUUAGUCGCUGAAGGAUUCGCAUACUCUCGAUUAGUUUGGGCAGAAACAGUUGCUUGGGUGUCUCCGGGGCUAGAUAUACUGCAAUUAGUGCUAGUAUUUUGACCACGAUCCAGCAUAUUUUCAAGUGGCAUGCUGUCUCUCUCGCUCGGAUAGUCCACUCUUCGGCAGAUCUCCAUCUGAUGAUAUAGUAUUUUGAGGAAGUCCAUACUCAUUCGAUUUGGGACUAAUUGGUUUUGGACUUUUAGCAUCCUGGGGAUCAAGGGAUAGUUUCUCCAGCGAAGGUGUCUCCAGAUCCUGUUCGGACUCCAGAUCAACCUCUUUCUGAACAUCAUCUUCUUUAGACAAAGAAUUAAACGCCGGAGUACUUUCAGUUUCAUUGGCCACUUGACAUUCUAAGUCAAGAGAGUGAAUUUGUUCACUAACAUCCUCAGAUGGCUCUGAAACUUUGAGUGACACCGGGCAAACACUCUCACUUACUAUGAGUCCAUCAAGCUGGAAUUCUUACAAGAUAGCAUACUGUAUUGACAACGGACACUUGUAUAAAUCUGAUGGAGAGCAUAAAAUGACUAUUUGAUA